AAGUGUUUGCCUUUGUUUGUGGGUCCUUUGGGCAAGUGAGAACUGUAGCUAAUGGUCAGCUGACCCCCAAGCCAUGUCAGUGCUCCGCAGCAAAGCUGACCCCACAUACCUUCUGGCAGUGCGCGGCGACAGUUUGGCAGAUGGCGGCUGGGUAGGCCUGGUGCAGCAGGGCGAUUGCCCUCAGCUCUUUGUGAGUUGGGAGGUCUCUGAGGGCACCUUGCGGCCCAAGGCCAACCCUAGAUUCGCUCUGAGCCUGGCGGCGGCGAGCUGCCAGGACGGGGGCUGGGUGCAGCUGGCGGAGCACAAGCCAAGCGACGUGCUCCAGCAGUGGAUGGUGGGCGGUGGAGGUUCGCAAACUCUGCGGGCCCGGCAAAACCCGGGCUUCGUGCUCUGCGUGCGCCGGGACUUUCAGGGGCUCCACAUUUGGUCCUUCGAUGGGCUGCCUGACCAGUAUGGUCAGUGGGAGAUCGUGGCUUCCUCGGCUCGGGACCCUCGGCCCCCCCUUGCCGGCGGCACUGCGGAACGUGAGUCCGCGGGAGUUCUGCGACCGGUCCUCUUAGAGCUGCGUUCGGCUGCUUGCCGCGAGGGCGAGGCCUUGGUGGAUUUGCACAGCGAGCGCUUCGUGCGCGCCAUGCAAAGCCUCGUGCUGGUGCUGCAGCUUCUGGGGUGGCGCGUCAGCGAUUUGCUGGACACGGAUACCGAGAAGCUGGUCCGAUUCUGGGCCAAGGCUGGAAAGCCUUCUUACCGGGACUGGCUGCUGUCGGAAACUGACCUGCAUGCCGAGACCGGAUAUCAGGAGUAUGUCGAUGAUUCCCUGGCUAUGGCGAAUCUGUGGCUCGCUCGAAACCUGAGCUUCUUCGUAGAACUGUUUGAUCUCUUGGCCGAUGGCUUCCAGACGCCAGAUGCGGUGAAUGUGGCCUACUCGCGGACGCUUCAGGAGCAUCAUUCCUUCCUCCAACGGCAGGCCUUCUUCCUGGUCUUUGGGCAGCUCAAAGCCCGCGAGAGUCUGCUUCAAGUCUUGGAAGGCGAGGUGGCAGUUGGCCCCAUCGCCGUCGAGCAGGAGAUGCUGGAGAUGGCAGACUUAGGCCGCAGGAUCACUGACUUGUGCUUCAAGCUCGAUCGAGAGAUGAGUCGCAAGAUCCAGGCAGAGCAAUCCCGGUUCGAGGUGGAUGAGGCCUAUGGCAAGCGUCGGACCUCGUCCUUGGGAUAAGCCCCACCCCGCCCCCCCUCCCCCCACAUUUCUGAAAGGGCUGGCGCUGUGUACUUCCAAUGAGGACCCUUACCCUUGCA